AUGGUUCAAAAUUUCACAAUGAAAUUCUUUCCACCUUCUCGAAUUCACCAAAUUAGGAAUGACGUUCACACCUUCAAGCAGAAAGAUUUAGAGAGCUAUCCUGAGGCAUGGGAGAGGUUCAAGAAUUUUUUCAGAAAAUACCCCAACCUUGACAUUCCCAAGCAGGCUCAGCAAUAUCUUUUCUACUACGGUUUAAAACAAGAGUUCAGAAAUAUGAUAGAUGCUUCAGCAGGAGGAUCGGUUAUAAAACUUGAUGUUGAUGAGGCAUAUGACCUAUAUGAAAAAAUAGCUGAAAACCAAUCGAUGUGGCCAACCGAUAGGGAAGCUCCAAGGAAAACAUCAGGGUUACACAAUGUAGACGCAGUGACAGCACUAGCCGAUCAAAUGGAAGUUCUUACAAUGAAAAUGGACAAUCUAUCUAAGUCGGUCAACAUGGUACACCAGUCGCCACCUGUUUGCGAAGGCUGUGGAGCGGAUCAUGCUAGCACACGCUGUCCUUUGGCGUCUACACGACAAGAACAGGGAGGAAGCAAUCAGAAUAAACCACCAGGGUUCCAACAGCAACAACAGCAAGGGAGAAGGCCAUCGUUGGAAGAUUUGCUGGCUCAAUACAUUCUAAAACUGAGACCAACUUUCAAAACCAACAAACCUCGAUCAAGAAUUUGGAACAACAGCUUGGACAAAUUGCAGUCGCACUAUCAGGAUCAAGUCAAAGCAAUCCUUACAUGUAGUGGCGUCCAGUUACUAGAAAUACAUGUAAAGAGGCCAGCAACUGUCAUAGAGAAGGCACCUAUCAUAGGCGAGGAGCAAGUAGAUAAAUUAGACAAAGCCUCAGAGGAAAAUCAAGCUGAAUCAUCAGAUAGUCCACAGGUGAAGGUAACUGCUCCUGUCAAAGCAUAUGUUCUUUCAAUCCCAUUUCCACAGAGAUUGCAAAAACAUAAGCUCGACAAGCAAUUCCAGAAAUUUUUGGAUGUGUUCAAGAAGCUGCAUAUUAACAUACCAUUUGCUGAAGCUUUAGCCAAAAUGCCCAGCUAUGCCAAGUUCAUGAAAGAUAUUCUAUCAAAUAAGAGAAAUCAGGAAGACAAUGAAACAGUCAUGCUUACUGAGGAGUGUAGCACAAUUCUCCAACGCAAAUUACCACCGAAACUAAAAAACCCAGGGAGUUUUACUAUUCCUUGUCACAUUGGUAAUCUGUAUAUAGAUAAGGCAUUGUGUGAUCUAGGAGCUAGCAUUAAUUUAAUGCCUUUAUCUCUUUUCCGGAAACUAGAUAUUUUGGUGAAAGUUGACAAAUUUAUCUUCCCAGCGGACUUCAUUAUUCUGGAUAUGGAAGAAGAUAUAGACGUCCUCCUCAUAUUGGGUCGUCCAUUCUUGGCCACGGGAAGAGGUCUGAUAGAUGUGCAAAAGGGUCAGUUGAUAUUGAGGUUAAAUGAAGAAGAACUGACAAUCAACGUGUUUUGGGCUUUCAGAUUUCAGAGCGAACCGGAUUCUUGCAUAUAG